CUCCCAUUUCUCCCUGACCCCCCCCCAGCUCUUUGAAGGCAUGAAGGCUUUCCGUGGUGCCGACGACAAAAUCCGCCUUUUUCGUCCCGAACUGAACAUGGCACGGAUGGGGCGCUCAGCCCAGAGGGUCUGCCUGCCCCCCUUUGACCCCAUGGAGCUGCUGGAGUGCAUUCGUGCCUUGGUGAGGCUGGAGCAGGACUGGGUGCCGCGCUCUGAGGCUGCCAGUCUGUACAUCCGGCCCACCUACAUCGGCACCGAGGUGGGGGCAACGGGGGGGGGAGGGAGGGGCAGCAAG